UGGUCUCUUCGGUGUGAUUGGUUGUACUCACGUUGCUGCUGAUGUGGUGUUCCGAAGUUAGCAAACGCGAACAUCCGAUUCAAACUUGUUUUCUGCUUUUGUUAGUAUUGUAGCUUUGUGAAAACAAUGCCUUACUAUCAGACGUGGGAGGAGUUCGCCCGUGCAGCAGAAAAACUGUAUCUGACAGACCCAAUGAAGGUCAGAGUGGUUCUAAAAUACAGACACUGCGACGGAAACCUGUGCAUUAAAGUGACUGACAAUGCUGUGUGUUUACAAUACAAGACAGACCAGGCCCAGGACGUGAAGAAGAUUGAAAAGCUCCAUGGGAAGCUGAUGAGACUCAUGGUGUCCAAGGAGACGCACAGUGGUGCCAUGGAGACGGACUAAAAUGCUCUUGAAGAGCUAAAGUUUUGGAGCUCUCGGACUGAGUUCAGAGGACAUGGUGGUGCUGCUGAGAGAAUAGAAACAUCAGAGUGGAACGAGUCUGUAAAACGGGAAUGUGGGGAGCUGGAUCUGGCUGCUUACACUGGUUUAAUGCUGCCAGAGAAGCUAUAGAUAUAUACUGUAUAUAUUUUCAGGAUUUGUUUUUUAAGUUUCACUGUCCACCUUUCCUUUACAGGCAUUAUCAUAUCCAUAAUGGUGUAAGUUAAAUGUAAGAUCUGUGUAGGGGUGGGACAACAUUAGCUGCUGUGUAAGCAGCUUUGGCACCUUGAAUUCUUUAAAGACAUUUCCAUAAAUUUUUAGUUUUGAAGGGGAAGAAAAAGAUGGGCAAUGAAGAUAACUUGUCUUUUUUUUUCAUCUUUCUAGCUAUGUCAGAUUCAGUUUAAGCCCAGUUUAUUUUGAUUUUUCUCCCCCCUCAUUGUGCCACAUGAAUGAAACAGAGCUUUCUGAUUUCCCAGCAAGGGUGUGGAGAAAACCCAGUGUUUCCACACUGACAUGUUCAAUAAAUGGUUGUUUACCCCAGUCAGCAAUAUAGCUCUUUUAUUCAUCUCAUUAUGGAUUAUAUUGUGUUCAACAGUCAUACAUCAACGUCAUUAUGCCAGACAGCUUAUAUGACAUUGGGUUUGAAUUAAUGAGAUAACAUGUCCUUUAUUUAGCCCAAGCAGUUAAAAUAACUCAAAUGCAACAAAAUCAAAAAGUACAGUUUUAUGUAGCUCAGUCAUAA